AUGUGGUUCAGUACGGACGUUGUUCGCCCGACGAUAGACACACGCGCCCGACCGUCGCCGCCGCCGCCGCCGCCACACAUUAACCCGCCGCCUCCGCAGCUGAUCGCAACAAGCAGCCAGUCAUGAAGAUGAGCAAAGUGGGCAACCAAACCAACUCUCAAGACCCCCAGGCGGUUAACUCUCGUGUUUUCGUGGGAAAUCUCAACACAUUUCAAUGUAGCAAAACCGACGUCGAAAGAAUGUUUCAACGAUACGGUCGCCUAGUGGGUAUAUCGAUGCACAAAGGAUUUGCUUUCGUUCAGUUCACUAAUCCCUUUGACGCUCGCAGCGCCUGUGUUGGAGAAGAUGCCCGGACAGUUUUGGGGCAAACAUUGGACGUAAACCUAGUGGCCGAACCGAAACCACACCAGACCGGUAGGAAAAGGCAAAACUUAUCGAAAACCGGAAACGACUGGGAAUAUUAUUACAACAGUUAUUAUGCCGCCUCAUCGUCGACAAUAUCGCCACCAACCACUGUGACAGGCAACAACUGUAACAACGGAGGCUCAAAGGCUUCGAAACGUCAAAAGAUUAGCCAUCAGUUUUCGGCAAAAGGUGGCCGUAAUCAGAACGGAGGCUGCGGUGGUGGUCAACCUCUAUCUGGACAAGGGCUACAGCAACAGUCGCAUCACGCCAUAGUGCCGGACCAACUCAAACUAUACAGCAAUCCAGACAUACUGAUAUGUGGUAACUGUCGCGAAAUGUUCACCGAACUGCAAGGUUUGUUGGAUCACAAGAAGGAAUACUGCAAGCUCAGGUUCACGUGCAAGUGUAACAACUCAGUCAAGCCCAAUUUCAACAACAAUAACAAAUGGCCCGGAAACUUGAACGAAGGCUGCAUAUCUUUGGUGUGCGUCCAGUGCAAAGAAUCAUUCGAUAGCGCUUGGGAUCUAAUGGUGCACGCACAAUCAGCACAUAUGAUGAACGUCUACCAGUUGACCACUAGGGACCAGGUUACGGCGUCGCCUGUGGGUACAGAAUCAGAAAACGGAUCGACGUGUUCCGUUGGCGCUCAAGUGAACAUCGACGAAGACGCAAACGGGUCGGCUGACGAGUCUCUGUGCGGAGGCCGUAACGAGUUGUACGAACCGAUGGACAAUGAUCGCGUUCGUGAUGACACCUCUCCAACGGCAAUGAGCUUCAUCGGCGAAACGGAAAAGGAGUUGACCGAUGCACCGCAGAUGACAUCUUCCUGUCAGACUUGUCUCAUACAACAGCCUAACAUCCAAGCACUUAUGGGCGUCCACUGAACCGCAAACAAAUAACAAUAUUAUAUACCGUAUACAUAUAUAAUAUUAUCAUUUCGUCGCCAUAAUAUAUUAUAGUAUAUUAUUAUAUCAUAAAUAGAUUUGCUUUUCAAACUAACACUACCGCCAGAACACUAGGUAACUUCCGCACCAUUCAUACGGUCAAUACAGCAAUAUUAUUAUUAUUAUUAUUAUUAUCAUUAUUAUUAUCAUCAUCAUCAUCAUUAUUAUUGUGAUUGUUGUUAUUGUUAUUAUUGUAAUAUAAUAUUAUAAUGUACGUAACCUAUAACGUAUGUUAAAAAAACAUGACGUAUUACGUUUAUAUUACAUUAAAUAUGUUUAAGGAAAAUUUGAAUCCCUUGACGAUUCUUUGCAAAAGUACUUAAGAGUUCAGUUGGAUAUUAUUAUUAUUAAAUAGAAAUUAUUAUUAAUUUACUUGCUAGUUAAAAACAACUUUUUUUAAUAAUUUUCUUUUUCAUCACUACAUAAUAUUUAUACGUACAUUUUUAAGACCACCUAAUACUUGUGUACGGUGAACGUAACACUCAUCGUUCAAGGCGCCUAUAAUAAUAUUUAUAUAUAUAUAAUAAAUGUAUCGUUUUUAUUUUAUUUCAACUAUAAAAUAAUGCACAAUAACAAUAUCGGAGAUUCUACGAAUGCAUAUAAUACAUGUAUCGAUUUUAAGCAGAAUAAUUUUUCAUGCUUGACGAAACAAAUUACAAUUAUGCGUGUAAUAUAGAUAGGUAUGAUUACUAGGUAUGUAUUGUAUACAGGGCAAUUCAUUGAAAUGUUAACACUCCUCAGGCAGCAUUUGAAAAUAUUAUAAUCACAAAUAAUAAAAUGUGAAACGGUUUGGCUAGAUUAGGUUAGUACCUAUAAUAUAAUAUAAUAUAAUACAAUAUUUGGAGUGUAUAAUCAUUCUUAAAUGCUUUCUGGGCCAUUUUCUCAAAAAGUUUUAAGCAAUUUUAGAGAAAAAAAAAUUUUCUUAUAAUUUGAACUCGUUUUAAUAAAAUAUUUUGA